AUGCACCGGAGGGAAAGUACCGCCAACGGUGACGACCAACCGCAUGGCGAUGACUUCCAGCGGAGCGAAGAAGCCGUACGUCCCCGCGACGGCAAUGAGAGGCGGGUCGACCCCUCCACGCCACCGCCAUCCCUUACGUCUCCGCACGAGCAGUCCCGUUCGGAGUACGACGAACAUUACGGCGACCUCAGCAUCGGCGAGGACUUCGACCGGAGCGAAGAAGCCGUGGGUAUCCGGGACGGAAAUGUGAGGCGGACCGACCCCUCCACGGUGCCGCCGACGCCGCCUCCGGGAAAUGAGCGUUUGGGUUCCGCAAGCCGAGGUGCUGGUAGCGCCGGAGAGGCGGAGCUCUGCAAGUAUGGGCGUGUGAAGGAAAUAAAAUUCGAUGUGUGGGACAACGGGAAAUCGAAUGGCAUGUGCAUCGUCGAUUUCUACGACCCCAUGGCCGCGGCUGCCUGCAGGGAUGGCAUGAACGGGCACGUUUUUAACGACCGACCGUGCGUCGUUGAGUGGGCGCCGCCGCCUAUAGUUCCCCGGACGUUGGCAUUGCCGGCACAACCACGAGGGAGCGGAGGAGGAGAUGGGUCGAUGCUUCCCUGUCCCCGAGUUGCGGCGGCUCCUCCUCCUCCUCCUCCUCGUCCCGCCGCGGCUCCUCCUCCACCUGCGGCGGCUCCUGUGAACCUGGUUUUCUUUGGAACUCCCCCUCCUCCUGUGAACCUGGCUUCGAUGCUUCCAUGUCUCCUAGUUACGGCUCCUCCUCCAUCUCCCCGACUUGCGGCUCCUCUUCCUCCUCCUCCUUCUAUGAACCAGGCUUCCUUUGGGUCGAUGCUUCCAUGUUCCCCAGUUGUGGCUCUUCCUCCUCCUGUGAAUCCGUCUUUCUUUGGAUCGAUGCUUCAAUGUCCCCCAGUCUCGGCUGCUCCUCUUCUUUCUCCUAUUGUGAACCCGGCUGCUACAUGUCCCCCAGUUUGGGCUGCUCCUCUUUCUCCUACUGUGAACCCGGCAUUCUUUGGAUCGAUGCUUCAAUGGCCCCAAGUUUCGUCUGCGGCUACUGUGAACCCGGCUGCUACAUGUCCCCCAGUUUGGGCUGCUCCUCUUUCUCCUACUGUGAACCCGGCAUUCUUUGGAUCGAUGCUUCAAUGGCCCCAAGUUUCGUCUGCUCCAUGUCCCCCAGUUUUGGCCGCUGCUCGUUCUCAUCCUACUGUGAACCCGGCUGCUACAUGUCCCCCAGUUUGGGCUGCUCCUCUUUCUCCUACUGUGAACCCGGCAUUCUUUGGAUCGAUGCUUCAAUGUCCCCCAGUUUCGUCUGCGGCUCCUCUUUCCCCUCCUACUGUGAACCCGGCUGCUCCGUGUCCCCCAGUUUCGGCCGCUGCUCGUUCUCCUCCGACUGUGAACCCGGCUGCUACAUGUCCCCCAGUUUGGGCUGCUCCUCUUUCUCCUACUGUGAACCCGGCAUUCUUUGGAUCGAUGCUUCAAUGGCCCUCAGUUUCGUCUGCGGCUCCUCUUUCCCCUCCUACUGUGAACCCGGCUGCUCCAUGCCCCCCGGUUUCGGCUGCUCCUCUUACUGUGAACCCGGGUUUCUUUGUAUCGAUGCUUCCUACUGUGAACCCGGCUUUCCUCGGGUCGGAAACGACGUCUGCUGGAGCGGCUGAGAUGUGGCCAAAUCCUGGAAUUGGGGCGCGGUGGGGAGUUGAAGAGCAGCCGAGCAAAGGGGAAGAUUCUGUGCAACAGGGAGAAGCGAGCAACGAGAAGAAGGAUAGGGCGAAGCCGGAAACAGAUCGGGAGACACAGCGUGAUACAGAAACGGGGCAGAGCAGGAGCCGGGAAGUGGAGAGGGACGAAACGCCGCGGGAGAGACGUAGGGAGGAGAGCGACGGGGGAAGGCGAGAAGAUGCCCGAAAGGGAUCGGCACGGCGCUGGGUACAGGCAUGCCGACCGUCACAGUCAUCGGGUUGGUCUGCAGCAGGGAGAAGGAUUGGUCAGACGGACAUGACGGAGUGGAGAUGGUGA